GCCCCUAGCUCUCAAAUAUAAGCAACGCAGUAGCAACCAUGUCAUCGUCUGAUGAAGACGAUAUUUUGCUAUUCUGGUGGAAUUUAAGAAGAAGAAAAAUAAAAAAUAAAAAACGUAAAUAUUGGAUUAACCCAGCGUUUAAACAGCUUGCAAAAUAUGGUGCAAAUGUCUAUGCAGAUGAACUUAAACUUCAUCCACUGCAGUUCAAAAGCUGUUAUAGAAUGAGCCCAGAUACAUUUAAACAACUUUUGAAUUUAAUUGAACAUAGUAUUACAAAACGUGAUACCAAUUUCAGAGAAGCUAUAAGUGCAGGAGAAAAAAUAUUAAUAACACUCAGAUAUUUGGCUACAGGAUGUAGUUUUGUUGCUUUGUCACAUAUAUUCAUGAGAGGGGACAAUACGAUAGGAAUAAUAGUGAAAGAGUGCAGUGAAGCUAUCUGGCGAAUUCUUCAACCUUUAUAUAUGCUUGUUCCAAAUGAAGAAACAUGGAAAUCGGUAGCAAAACGAUACUACGAAUUAUGGGACCUCCCCAAUUGUAUUGGUUCCGUAGAUGGCAAGCAUUGUCGUAUAAAAAAAUUUGACAAAACCGGUUCACUUCAUUACAAUUAUAAAAGUUUUUUUUCCGUGGUGCUCAUGGCAUGCGCGGACGCCGAUGGAAUUUUUAUAACCAUUGAUGUAGGAGAAGCAGGCAGGUUUAGUGAUAGUGCCGUUUUUAGAGCUUCUAAUCUUGGGAAACUAUUAGAUACAGAUAAACUUCAUAUCCCAAAACCAACACCAAUGCCUAAUGAUGCUUUUGAUUUUCCUUUCUAUAUGGUAGGAGAUGAAGCAUUUCCUCUCAAAAUAAAUCUCAUGCGGCCGUAUCCUAAGCGAGUUCUCGAUAAUAAAAAACGAAUAUUCAACUAUAGAAUGUCACGUGGACGAAAAAGCGUCGAAUGCGCCUUUGGAAUGUUGGCGUCAAAAUUUGAAAUAUUUCAGAAACCAAUAAUGUGCCAUGAAGAUACUGCAAUAAAAGUUAUAAAAGCAGCAUGUAUUCUACACAAUUUUAUUAAAAUGGUCGAGGGUCAUUUUUCAGUUCCCCAAAUCAGUAAAAAUCAGGAAAAUCAAUGUAGAAAUUGAGAAAUGUCACAAUCAACCA